AUGAGAUAAUCAUAGUAACAAAUUACAACACUAUUGAUUGAAGGAUCUAAUAAAUAAGGAUAGUUGGGUAUUACACAAUAGUAAACUGAAUUGAAAGAGCAUAAUUACGGAGUCAAAAUAUUAAACAUAGCUUGUGGAGGAUACUUUACGCUUCUCCUAUUAGAAACACAACAAUGUUGUCUUUUGGGUUAAUGAUCAAUGCUAAUUAGGUUUUAACAUCACU